CCUCCACUUCAAACGAAAACCCACCUGUCAAUGUGGCCGCAGACACUGCCGGAGGCACAAAAACUCGUGCCCAGAAGACUCUGAAACCAUCACAAGCCAAAUUGAGCUUAAAAAAAAAAAGAAAUAACUUUUCCUUCAUCUACGGUGAAGAAAAUGUCUGUUUCUUACGUUCAAUACAAUGGGAUCCUUUUCCCUCAAAUGUCAAUCUCGGAAGAUUUUGCAUCUGUGGAAAAUGAAUUUCAAGUUCGGGAUGAUGACAUCUUUAAUGUUACAUAUCCUAAAUCAGGUACUACAUGGAUGAUUGACAUUUUAAGCCUUAUCCAAAAGAAUGGAGACCCGACAUGGACUAAAACUGUACCAAAUUGGGAUAGGGCACCUUGGAUUGAAACCCCUGGCAGUGUUGAAAAGCUGAAUCUAAGCAAACAAUGCCCACGUCUUAUUACCAGUCACUUGCCCAUACACAUGUUUAUGAAAUCAUUUGAAGGCUCCAAGGCAAAGGUCAUUUAUACAAUCAGAAAUCCUAAGGAUAUUGCAGUAUCCCUUUAUUAUUUUGCCAAAAUGAGUGCAUUCUACAGAGAACCAGAGAGUAUGGAUACUUUUAUUAAAUACUUCUUAUCCAAGGACGUGCUGUAUGGAUCCUGGUUCAAUCACAUCAAGGGAUGGCUGGAACUGCAGGGAAAAGACAACUUUAUGUUCCAAACCUAUGAGGAUCUUAAGCUGGACCUGCGAGGAAGUGUGGUAAAGCUUUGUAAAUUUCUUGGAAAGGAGUUAAAGGACAAAGAAGUGGAUUCUGUAGUUGAAAAUGUUUCUUUUAAUAAUAUGAAAGAGAACACUAUGUCUAAUUUCACUCUCCUUCCAGCUGGUUAUAUGGAUCAUGAGAAAAGUCCAUUUAUGAGAAAAGGAAUAGUUGGUGACUGGAAAAAUCAUUUUACGGUGGCUCAAAAUGAAUAUUUUGACAAGAUCUAUAAGAUGAACAUGCAAGACUUCAGCGUGAAGUUUCCUUGGGAUACAAACACACAUUAAUGACAUGGAUUUAGCAGCAGGCAUUACAAGAAUAAAAAAAAUAUAUAAUUCCUAUAUUGUGAUAAUAAUUGGUUACUAUUUAUAACUGUUUAAAAUCUAUCACCUAUUAAAUCACAGUGAAAUAAAUACAUUUAGCUUUAGAAUUAAAGAUGGAGAAUCAGCCAUGUUUAUUAUUAGGGUGAAUCUUAAAAGGAUAUGCUUAAUUUCUUAAAUGUACCAAUGUACCUGAAUGUAAUAACUCCCUCCCCAUUUUGUUUAGUUUGCAGGCUUGUCAUCAUCAUUAACACCAGAACAAUGCUUAGUGUAACCCAUUUCUUGCCAUACGGCUGUGGUUUCUUUUGUUUUUGCUCACAUAACACAUUGUAAACCCAGUACAUCAAUAUCCUUCUUCUCCCCACACAUGUCAUCUGCAAUACUGUAUCAUCCCUUAGCACAGUGUCAGACUUUUCCUUCUAGUGUACUUUGUCCUCCACUAUGUCAUGGCAUAGUGUAGAGAAAUAGGUACAGACCUGUGACUGGCCAGAAAAGUAAGGAAAAAAAGUAAUUAUGUAAGUACUGCUAAAAACUAACCAAGCUCUGGUACUGGCCCUGAAAAAGAGAAAAUAAGAAAUACUUGUUUUCUAUUAAGAAAAUUCACUGCGGCUCAAUAGCAGCAGUAAGAGCAAUAAAAUCACAUAGACACUAAUCUGAAGUGUAUUUUUUUUAGACAGUAUUUUUAUCGAAAUGCACGCACAAUUUUUAAAAGUUUUUUUACAGACAAAUACGCUUUAAAUACAUAAGAGUUAGAUGCAGUUUGUGCAUUGAUACUACACAGGCAACAGCUGACAGCUGUGGCUCGUGAUGGAAGGUUCCUUUUUUAUUUUACUUGAUAGGGCAUGUUUACAAAAAUCCCCCCCAAAAAACAGAUUUUGUCUAUAUAAACAUGCCUUUUAGCCAAGUUUACCCAGUUUGCAGUGCUGCAAACCUAGACAUAGAAUAGCAAUGGGACGGAUACACAUGAAGCUACGUGAUGAGGUUUGUCAUACUAUUUAAAAUAUGGCAUCUACUUAUAUGCAAUAUGUGCUUAUUCCACUAUAAAUUGCACAUAUAGCCUGUUCAUUAUAUAGCGGGGCAAAAAAGUAUUUAGUUAUCCACCAAUUGUGCAAGUUCUCCCACUUAAAAAGAUGAGAGAGGCCUGUCAUUUUCAUCAUAGGUAUACCUCAACUAUGAGAGACAUAAUGAGAAAAAAAUCAAUAAAAUCACAUUGUCUGAUUUUUAAAGAAUUUGUUUGCAAAUUAUGGUGGAAAAUAAGUAUUUGGUCAAUAAAAAAAGUUCAUCUCAAUACUUUGUUAUAUUCCCUUUGUUGGCAAUGACAGAGGUCAAAUGUUUUCAGUAAAUCUUCACAAGGUUUUCACACACUGUUGCUGGUAUUUUGGCCCAUUCCUCCAUGCAGAUCUCCUCUAGAGCAGUGAUGAACUUUCAACUCCCUCCAAAGGUUUUCUAUGGGUUGAGAUCUGGAGACAGGCUAGUGUAAUCUUCUUCUUGCUCAGUGUAAUCUUCCAGCAUAAGAAAGUGGGCAUUUCCCAGCAGGCAUGACAUCACUGAAGCCUGGUGGGGGCCACUUCCGCUCUCGCAUCGUUGCAGUGCUGUGAUGAAUAGAAGACAUUGAGCUCUGUGCAUUUUUCAGUGAUGCUCCUGGCAUGUUUCAGUGAAGCUCUUUGCAGCUGUCAAUCAAGCUCAGUGCAGAGAAACACUUCCUGAGUUUGGACUUCUGCCAGGCUGGGAGGAGACCAAACUCACUGUAUUUAUUGCGGCAGGGAACAGAACAGAGCAAACUAGUGGCCAUUUUUUCUAUUACAUUUUAAACAUAUUUAUGUUGAUCAUUUUUAAAGCAAGUGAAUGGGAAAGUGUCUGCUAAUUACCCAAGGAACACUAUACAGGUGACAGGUACUCUUUAAAUUAAUUGGUGCAAGAAAGUUACUUAAAAUACUUUUAAGUUGGUGUAUACCCUUAAUGACAUUGUGUCAUUUUUUCCAAUAUAUUUCCAAUAAUUAUUUAUGUACAAUCAAUUUAUGUACAAUUUUCGUAAUAAACUAUGACGUUUCUGGGCUUUGCAUUUCUGGUGCUGUGUAUAUGGUGUGUGUGUGCGUAUAUACAUUUUUAUAAAUAUUUUAUUAUGUAUGAUACUCUGCUAUAAUGUACUGUAGUUAGUGCACAGCCUGUAUAAAAGUGAUUAAUGUUGUGUC